AUGAUAAUGGUUGUAAGAUGUGUGGACCUCCUGCCCCUCGUCAUGAUGCAAAGUCUGCUUCGCUUGACCCCAGCAACUGCGAGACACCACCACCCCGACACCAACAACUUCAACAACCAUGUUCUUCAGCACCUCUACGGUAUCCCACACCAAGAUGACGCCAUUACACAUCACCUCCGUGAUACUCACCACGACCCUGAACACAUCUAUCAAGACAAGCGGGAUGAUCCUGACUAUAUUUGGUAUUAUAUGAACGAUGUGCAACAGGACCCUGGUGCUGUCGACAAGUUUUUCGACAGCGUCCGGCAAGAUCCAAGCGUCGUCCGAGAACACCUUACCUUUCUUCGCCCUGACGCUGAAGGUCUGCGGCAAUAUCUCGACGCUCUACUCCCAGACUCCACUGACAUUCAGCAAGGCGCUCAUGACACUCGCCAAGUCCCCGAAGGUCGUCAAGACCUUGAUGGUCUCCUGCAGGAGUACCUACAAGAUGGCCGCCAAGAGUCUGCCUUCCAGCAAAAUUCCCUCGAUAUACAAGACUUCUUAGCACCCUAUUACUCUAGUCCUAUCUCUGACACAAUCAACUUGGGCACUCAGCGGUACAAGCGCCCCGGUCAGAACGCCGGCGACAUCCUUCAGAAGGGUGGUGAAGGAUGGAAUGGUGUCGGGAUGUACAUUGGUAGGUCCUGCUGGGACCAUUUCUCACCUGAGAACAUCUGGUGUCCACCAGGACUGUUUCAGCAGGCCCUGAGUGACCACCUGCAGCGCCACCUACUGGCCGACGCCCCACCCUAUGCCCGCCCAUUUGUGAUGCCCGCCCCACCCCAGGCACUCCCCACCCAUCCCCUCUGGCUAAGGAAGCCCCCCACCAAACGUUACCUUGGCAUAGAGCUGCCAGACUACAUAGCCACCACAUACUCGUCCAUCAAGACUGACAACGCCCACUACCUCACCAAGCUACACCAGCUCAAACAACGCAUGCGCAAUGCUGGCAAGUAGACAACCAGCAGCCCACUCUACGCUUCCCACGUCCGCGAUAGACACCGGUUUUCAGAGCGGCGUGCAUCCACAACUAUGGCUUACACGGUCAACCAUUCUAGACUAACAUGUCAACAGUUCCACAAUCCCAUGAUCAACCCUUCUACACCAUGACCAAUUCUUCCAGACUACAAUGAUCAAUCCUUCCAGACUAUAUUAAUCAACACCCUCAUGUUCCACCCCAUCCAAAUUCAGAUGAUUAACCUGUAUAUAUUCACAGGUCCCCCACCCCCCUAGGAGGCUCAAACUUGGGCCGUCAAAAUAAUAGUGCUGUACUAGUACUAGAUACUCUUGCCCCUUGAGAGUUUGGGAGUGAUGUAUGGUUGCGUGUGCAUUACAUUUACUCAUUGCCAUAUCAAUGAUUUAAGUUCGAGUCUUAAAGGGGAGUCAUAGCGUGAAUGUUGUAAAUACGUGUAUCAGGGAUCGAGUUUAUAUACACCAUUUAAACCCCUAAGUACCAGUUUGAUCAGAGAGCGAUGAAGUAACUAUAUAUACUCGGUGCACUAAAUAUGCACAAUUAACUUCAGAUUAUUAUCAAGAUUCAAUAUUACAUGAACGUCGUUUGCUGGGAGGCGAGGAUACACCUCAUGUGAGGAUGCAUGUGGGACCUAGGGGCUUCCAUUACCUUUUAUCACAUCAGGAUGUGUGGAUAUAUAGCAGUGAGUUCCCUUGUUGUUCAAUACAAACUAAAAGAAAGUAUGGCGCUACUGUACUUGGGCUGGCAGCCGACGGUAGAGUGAGACGCAUCAGUCAGCUGAAGAAUAUCGGGCCGAGGAUCCCUCGAGGACGACGACCACCGCAACAACUUGUGGUGGUCACCAGGAGAUGAGGUGAUGCAGGAAGCAUUUUAUCACACGUCGAGGUUCAAUCGGACGAGUAAGAGGCUGUUACUAACACUUUGUAAACUAAUUAAAAGUUUUUCUUGUCAUAAAUGAAGUUACUACUUCAAAUAUAAAUAUUUUGAUAACGUAUACACUCAUGCAUUUUCUGGAUCGAUUAUUCAUAUUCUUUUGAUAUAUUUCAUCUACUUCUGGAAAUGGUGCGAGGUUUUGCGAAUGUACUUAAUUGCAUUUCUAGAAUCAUACAGUAGGCCGGAGAACCAGUUACCGAUUCUCGAACUAAUGGGUUGAAAUAGUAUAACCAAAUGGUGUUGACGAUCCUGUGUAGACUAUUACAUGUUGAACAUGAGCCUAGAUGAGAGGGGUAACUCUAGGGCUGGACCCCUGUCAUCCAUCAUCAACUCUUAAUUAAACACGACUUUAUUAUAAUAUUCAAUUCAAAACUUAUAUUAACUUCGGAUAUUCCGGUGUUUCUGUGGAUUUUGUUGUUAUAAAAGAUUACUCACUAAGUUAUAUAUAUAUUUUAUAUAAUUCAUUUAAUUUAAAACAUACUUCCAGAAUGUGUAAAUAUUAAUAGGCUGGUGAAUGUGUCAUUUUGAGCAUAUCAUGACAGCUUACCCACAAGUUGGCUUACCUUCAUAACACAGCUGAAACAAUGCUCUGCUUCUUCGCUUGGCUUACUAUUAACUGUUUUAUAUGUUUUUAAUUUGUCAGGUGUCUGAU